AUGUGCCACAUGGAUUUUUCACGACUCACUUUCUCUUCAGAGGCUGAUUCUGUUGUCGGAUAUUGUUAUACAUCACAUUGUUGAACCCCCCAACCUCUGAAUGAGAUGCUAAUUACUAUGAAUGGAGUAGAUAAGAGCUGAAUAUGGAUUUUUUUGCCUCCCCCCGUACAUUACCACUCACCACAAGAACCUGAGUGUGGUUUCCAGGGAAACUGGAAAUGUGAAGCUUUUCAACAGGCACAGCAGCCAGACCGACAAUUGCCUCAGACAGAUUCUUCUACGGACAAACCUGUAGCCACAGCAGUCAGGACCAGUCAAGAGCAGGAAAUUCGAGCGCGUCCAUCAGCGUGAAGUUUGGACCAUGUUUGACCUGAAUGUGACAGAUUGUUUUGCAGAGGCUUCUUGAGUCUGAAUCGACUGCUCAGGAACAUCUUGCACAGGACAAGAUGGGAAGUCUUAAGGAUGAGACGAAAGGUUUUGGUAAAGAGAGUGGAGAGCGUUCAGCUGGUGACCCCGCGCUCGAAGGUCCUCUUAUAAGAGAAUCAGCAGGUCGAGGAGGCGCUCAGAUAGAACUGCUCCAUAAUGUCAGCACCAGCGAUGCCAAUGAGAGUUUUGCUGAGACAAUAGAGGAAGCACAAUCGGGGAAGGUUUGCGACAGUAGUGUUCGUUCAGAUUUCCCAAGCGUAAAAGACAUUGAGCAGACCGAAGCUGUCCGUUUGAAACAACAAUCCGACGGUGACAGGUCAACAGCGCUGGAUGGGCCGCCCAACUGUGGAGUCGAUGUAAUUCAAAACACUGACAAGGCGGCUGAAGAAAAAGUCUCGUUUUCAUUGCCGCCGACUGCCGAUCCUUCUGACCCAAAUUCCCCAGCACCUUUUGGGCAGCACCAUAUGCGCACGCAGGUCAGUCUAGAGGUGGUCCAAUGUCACUCAGCUGCCACGAGCCCAAUGACCCCUCCGGAGGGCGGUCAUGCUUUCAUUUUCCCAAGCUCCUCUCGCAGAUCUGGAGCUGAUGCGGGAAUGCAGACCGGUACGCAAGUGAAGCUUUGCUCCGUGGCCACAUCUCCCAUGACUCCAAAGACACCCUCGACCACAGCUUUCCCAGCACUCGCCGAGACAGAUGACGGGACGCAAACGAUUACUCCCAGAACAACAGGUCCACCAGAAGUUGAGUUGUCUUCUACAGAAAGUGCCGCCUGUUCUCCUGCCGAAGAGUCACAAGUGGAGCAUAGCAAUCACCAGGAUAAGCCACAACGGAUGGGAAGUAUGGACCAAGAUAUUACCAUCUUAGUGACCCACUAUGAUAAUGACAAGAUGGAAGAGCAAGAAUGGGAGGAUCCAUCUUGUAAUCCCCUAGAGAUGAACAAAAAUGAAGAAAAUGCUAACAAGAAUUUUAAGAGGGAGACAAGUGUCUCGACAGAAAGUGCCAAUCCUGACCAGGAAUCAAACGCAAAUCCAAAUCAAAGCAAAUCACCGAAUAUCAACCAAGUUAUACACGAGGAAAAAGAAGUGUCAAAGCCGGCUGUCCCGGAAUCUCCAGCUCCUGACGGCUGCCACAGCAUCCGCACACAGGUGAGUCUGGAAGUGGUGCGGUGCCAGUCCGUGGCCACCAGCCCUAUGACCCCACCUGGGGGCGAUCACGCCUUCCAGUUCCCAACUCACUGCGAAAGAACGGCGGCCCAAAUGACAGAUGCAGAGACGCAAGUGUGUCAGCAAGUGGAGUAUCGCUCUAUUGCUACAGCACCCAUGACACCGAGAACGCCCACCGCUACGACAUUUCCUGAGAUCGCGCAGGAAGCCGGCGCAGUGAAAAACAAUGAUGAGGGGGAAGAGGCGGAGGAGGGAAGCCAAGUUAAAAGUGAGGAGAAGGAAGACGUGACUGUGGAAAAUGCGGUAGAAGAAGCUGAAGGGGAAGACGACUGCAAGGAGAAGAGUGAGGAGGUGGUGCAGGAGGUGAGCUGGGACGAGAAGGGCAUGACGUGGGAGGUGUACGGGGCGGUGGUGGAAGUGGCUGUUUUGGGAUCCGCCAUCCAGAAGCACCUGGAGAAACAGGUGAAGAAACAGAAGAGGCAGCCCUCGUUACCUCCACCUCCACCCCUCAACCCCUCAGCCACACCGCUGGCUUAUGAGGUAGCCCAGGGAGGGGCGAGCAGGUGUCAGGCAGGGAAGAGGAGAGAGCAGGACGACAAUGAGGGCCGUAACAGACGAAACCCAUUUCGGCUUCUGAUGGAGAACAUGCAGCAGCCACAUUGUUGCUCUCGAACGCACACCACAGAGUGACUUAGGGGGAGGGUUAAUGACGAUUUACUAUUUACCACCACCUAGCGUGUUCAGGGUCUUGAGCAGGGGUAGGCAAGUCCGGUCCUAGAGAGCCGCUGUCCUGCCUGUUUUUAAAGUUUCCCUCCUUCCCACACCUGAUUAAAAUGAUCAGGGUGGUUAUCGAGCUUCUACAGAACUUGCUGAUGAGCGGAUUAUCUGAAUCAGUUGUGCUGCAGCAGGGCGAAUUGGAAAACAGGGACAACAGUGGCUCCCCAGGACAAGACUUGCCUACCCCUGGUCUUGAGUGAGCUGGAGCCUAUUCUAGGUGACUUUAGGGUGAAGGGUGGCAGGGGACUGCAUGAUGCCUCAUGUCUUGGCCAGGCAUUCUGUAGACUUUCGUUCAAGUGGUAAAAUCG